CGGGUACCCCUGGCGGCUAGCCAAUCCGUGCUGACUCAGGUUCGCCCAGACUCGCGACCUGCGGGCGUCAGGCCCCACCCAGCGCGGACUUUGGAAUUGGCCUGAGGACUGACGGGCGCCGCAGCCAGAGCGCGCUUCCGCGGUACGCCAAGCCCUGCCGAGCCCCGAGGAUGCGCGCCCAGCCAGCCCUGGACGCGCCCCCGAGCGAGCGGCUCCUGUCCCGGGACCCGGAAGCCCCCAGGGCCCGGGAUGCGCCGGGGUCGACACCCAGGAGCGCGGUGGAGAGGCUGGCAGCGGACCGCGCCAAGUACUUGCGGGGCCCUCUGGGGGCCGGCUCAGGCCCCGCUGGCGUGGGCAGCAGCCCCGCGGCGAGCAAAGGGCAGGCGGGCGACCCUCGGCCCCCGGCCCGCGUCCCCGGGCCCGUGGCGCGCAGGACCAUAGCGCGGAAGCCGCUGAGGCCAGACUCGCUGGUCAUCUACCGACAGAAAUGCGACUUCGCCCGGGGCCCGGGAGCCGACAGCCCCAGGGGGAGCCUGGUGAAGAAGCUCUUCCAGGGGCCAGGCAAGGACAAGACGCCGGUGCCCCCCGGGAUGUCCCGGGUGGGAGGGGAGGGCAGGGCCGGGGGCGAGGUGGCCGCCCAGGCCGAGCCCGGCCCCAUAGCGGCCCCUGAAGUCCCACGGCCCUCCGAGCCCCAGGCGCCCGCCCUGCGGGUCGGCGCGCCGCCCGGAGUUCCGGCUGCGCCCGGGCCCCCGGAGCUGCGAGGGGCGAGGCGCCGGGGGCUGCAGCGCUCGCAGUCCGACCUCAGCUCCCGCUACUCCGCGUCCUUGACCGAGUUUGACACCUUCUUCCAGUACUGUGGCCUGGAGCCCGAGGUGGUGGAGGCACUCGGGAGGGAGAACUCCUCCGCCGGCUCGGACCGUGUCGCCCUCAAGGUCCGCAGCGUGAGCGUCGCCACCUCCGACAGCGGCUUCUCCCGGCACAGCGGCGGCGACGAGGGGCUGCAGGAGGAGGAGCUGACGGAGCAGGUGCCCAGCACCACCUCGGUGGUCGAGAGGAACGCCCGCAUCAUCAAGUGGCUGUACACCUGUAAGAAGGCCAAGGAGACCCCCAGCCAGGGGCUGCAGGGCCCGGCGUGACCGCCCGCCCUCGGGGAGACCCGGACCAAGGAAGCAAGUCUUCCCAACCAUGGAGACUCCUUGAAGUGUCUGGACGAUUGGGCCCUGGGCCGUCCUCACUGCCAGGUUUCAUUCAGUGCACCCAGGUGUCCAUGAGAUUGCUGUUUUCCCAAGAAUGAAGCACUCCAUUGAAGAUACUUAAGCACUUUCAGAAGAGUUGAGAUGCUGUGGAGAAGAAGGGAACACAGAACUCGGAAAGGAGCUGAGUUAAGACACUGUUAUGACACAGCUGAAGCUCUGGAGAUACUUUCUUGUGUUAGGUGGACCCAUCCUUGCUUGCAGGGGGCAGCAGAAGGAGGAAAACUGCUUGCAGAUAUUUUCAGGGACAUCUUUUUGAGUGGCUUGCUGACAAAGAGGUACCUUGAUACAUUUUAAUGAUAUCUGAAUUGAUUUUUUAAAGUGAAGAGGCAAACAGCAUAAAAAUCAAGCAUGAAUGCCCUGAUAUUUACUGCUUUCAAUCAUACAGCCCAAUUUAAAUCAAAGUUCUGUGACAAUGAGAAGGUGCAUUCCACACAAAUGCUGCGGCUAACAAAGAACAAACACAGGCUCACACUUGCACACUCACACACAGAGCUCCGUUUUCAAGCACCACUGCUGUGUGAACUAUUGUGAAUUCCCAAACUGUGCAACUGAUCAUCUUCUGUAGCCAAUCAGAGAACACCUUAAAAUCAUUGACAGCUACAAGGUCCCUCUAUGAACACCACUCCCACCGGGCUGCAGACAUGCAGAGGCACCGCUGAAAGAUAAGUUAGAGCUGAAAUACUGCUAGGAGACCUUUUCUUACACCCGGACAGUUUUUUGGAAGUUGGCAGAAUAUUGGCACUUCCUUCCAUCAGAUUAGAUACCAGUGUUCCGCACCGAGCAGAGUGUGUGUUCUCGCUCCCAGCUUCCGAGCAGGAUGGAAAGCCCCAGUUGACACAGAACGUGGACUCAUGACACAGAACAUGCCCCAACAUCCAGUCUAAUUCACACCCCACCCAUCACGCAGUCAUCCCAAAUUUGGCACCAGUUCACCCUUCUCUGAAAACAGGACAUUUGAGAUGAGGGAAGGUCUCUGGGUGCCUGGGAGAUUCCAGGAUCAGACUGUUGUCAGGAAGGAGUUACUGUGAACCUAAAUCUGAACUGGCUCCUGGCACUCAGAGUAACUAGAUUGCAGAUUCAGAACCUUCUGAGAGAAAUUUUGAGAGAAACCCAAAGAAAAUUUGUCACUCAGUCAACUCUUACAAAGUUUAUAAUGUUUAUCAAAAUAUGUCUCUUUAAGAAUAAAAUUACUAGCAGAAGAGAUAGGGAAGAGAAAUUGGUUUCUCAAUAGUAAAAAUAUUUUAUAAACCAGUCUAUAUAUAGUUGAUAUAUUCAUGUUGAUAUAUUCAUGUAUUUGUUUGAUGUAUUCUAUUUUUGUAACUAUUUUACUGUGAGAAUAGGUCCUUGAAUUACUUAAAUAUUUAUUUUUACAUAGUUACUGGUCUUCAAAUAUUUUUCGUACACUGCAUAUGGUUUUAGUUUUUAAUCAGUAUAAUUUUAAAUCAUUCUCUCUUCUGUUGUCUUUGUGCAUAUGUUGGUUAAUUGAAUCUUUAACUUUGACUGUAGGCAGAGUGCUCACUGCGCCAUAAAGUGCUCAGUACUUUAGGGGUUUGCUUUUAAGUGAGUCACAGGUGUGCAUUGUGGGGGGCUCUGCUGGCUAACAAAUGUACCCCUCUCAAUGUGGACUCUAUUUAUAAAGACAAAGACUCGCUGCCCUUAGAAGCCCUUCCCUGUUGUCCCUCUAAGAUGCUGCUGCUCCGCUGCUCGCCAGAUCGCACUUGGUUUAAAAGAUAACGUCAAAGAGGAGAGGUGUUUUCUUGAAGGAUCUCCUCAUAUAAGCAGGUCCAUUAUUUGCUGGGGUUCCAUUAAUUUUAUAUGUAAAUAUUUUAAUUUAAAUUGUUCUGUGCCUUUCUGCUUUCAAAACUGGGUGACCUGAAACCUAGGGCAGAUUUAUCGAAGAUGAAAUAGUGCACGCUUGACCAUCCACAGAGUAGAUGCACAACGUAAAAACAAAUCGGUUACAGUUUAAAAGCACCAAGGUCUUCCAGAAGCAUCUCACUUCAGUGGUGGUGACUCCUGGGAGCAGGUGACCGAGGUGGGUGUGACUCAGGAUCAGGCUGUCCCCAGACCCCAGCUCCCUCCCGUCCAUUCAGACUCACACCUCAGGCCACAAGUCCUUCCCCAGCUCUGCAUUACCCCGAUUUGCUGCGUGACUUUGGGGAAGAUCAAACUUUGUAGCUCAGUGUGAAUGAAAAAGCUUGUCAUUGCUUUUCACAGGGAAGAGCAAUGCGAAAUAGUUUCAUUUGUUGAUGAACGAAUAGUAUGUCUAUGAAAUAAAUGCCUCGGACUGAGAAGUGUGUGUGUGCCGGGAAGUUUCCUCAUUCUAGGUCUAUGCUUACUGUUUUUAAACUGCUAGUCACUGACACAAGGAAAAAGAAGGCUUUAUCAAGCUCUGCCCUUUGCAGUGGGUUUAAAGUACAGCUCUGUGGCUGUGCUAAUGCCAUAAAGCGUCAGGCCCCGACGACUGUUACGGCAGUUUCUAAAUAGAAUUUUCUUCUACACACUACUUGCAAGAGGAAGGCAAUGUUGCAUAUUCUGUAUUAAAGAAAUAAAGUAUUUUUAUCAUUUAUUAAUAUUACUUUAUAAAUUUGUACAGUGUGAAAAUUUGAAGCAUGAGUAUGCUCAUAAUUACUCCUGUCUUUUGCUUUCUUCCUAAUAUCAUCUGAACAGAUUAUUGGUCAAAAUGAGGGAAACAUUCUAAAACUUGACCUAGGCAGGUCAUGUGGUGCCUAAAAUCUCCACUUCUCCCUGGAGACGGAAUGCAAUAAAAACAGUUUGAAUAUUUA